UAAUAGCGCAGCUCCGUUUUCACCGAAGAUCCGGAAUAAUUGAUGUAAACAAAUCACCACAUCCAAAUGGGCAGAUGAAUGUUGUUUAUCGUAAUAGUCCGACUCGCUCGGGAAAAUCUGGUUCUUCAAGAAGUCGACCACCGACAACCGAUUUGCAUAGUAGUGGCAUUAAACAAGACUCUGACAAUGAACGUGACAAUGGGUCGACUAAUAGAACCCGCACAACUCAGGAUCCAGCACCGUUCAAGGCUAGUAAUCAUAAUCCAGUUUCGAAAGUUGUAAAAAGUGGUGCUGAUGAGACUGUUAUUACUUCAUCAGAUACGGGUUUUCAUAAAAUAUAUAGAAUAAUUGAUGAAAACAAAGCAUCACCGGUGAAUCAGCAAGGAAACAUCGCUGGUCGUCUAGGUGAAGUUCAAUUGCAAGUACGUUUUUGUUUUAACGAUCAGUCAGCAUCGAUGGAGUUGCACAAUGCAGGUGUUGGAAAAGGCGUGUUUGGGAGAGAUGAAGAUCAAGCUUCGGAGAAAGUGGAGGAUACAUCCAUGGAGGCGGUUGAGAGAGAUGAAGACCCGGCUUCGGCGAAUGAUGGUAAUGCAUCCAGGGAGGAGGUUAACAGAGAUGUUGACGAAGCGUCGGAGAAGGCUGACGAAGCGUCGGAGAAGGCUGACGAUACAUCCAGGGAGCAGGUUAACAGAGAUGAAGAUCAGGCGUCGGAGAAAGCGGGUAAUCGUAGUCCAUUGGUAGAACCUUCUAUAGUUGAUGGAAAGAACUCACAACCAUUGGAUCGGGAGGAAAAUAGCAUCGAUCGUGAAGGUGGGAUUCGGAUGGAAAUAAGUGUUUCUUUUAUCGAUCAGUCACCUUCGACGGGGUUACGGCAUAGAGAUUCUAAACAGGACAGCGUAUUGACAAUUCCUCGAGCAACAUAA